GUUGCUAGCUAACACAUAUCCUCCACUCCAUCUAUAUAUAUUUUCCUUGGUCCAAAGAAUUUUUACCAGCAGUCAUAGUUCUAGAGAGGGAAAAAUAAAAUAAAAUAUAGUACUAGUAUGUUUAUCUUUUGCUCAUAGUGAAUUUCAAAAAUCACUGUUUGGCUUGUCAUAUGGUGAUUGACAACCUUAACCAAUAAAAAGUUACAUAGAUUUCCCCGCUGAUAUUGAGCUGCCUGUUUUUUUUUUUUUCUAGUUCUAGUCACUCUGCAUAAUACAGGUAUACUAGAACUGUGUUUUGAAAUUGUUCUGUUUUUUUGGUCUGCAAAGGUAUUCUUUUUUGGUCGGAGAGUUUGCUGCUUCUGUUAUUUUUAUAUUUGUCAUCAUGAUUCUUCUUUUGUCUUUUGUAUUGUGAAGCCCUUUUUCUUCUUUCUCAAUAUUUUCUUAUGAGGGGAAAAACAAGGUAACUUCUUAAAGUUGGUGUGAUUCUCGUGGUUCAUUUUUCUUUUUAUGGACUACUGGAAGUAAAGGGUAUAAUUCAUUUACUUCAAUUUGAAUCAACCAAAGAUACCCAGUAUUCUUUUUUGAUUUUAUUUAGCUAUUUUAAGAUUUCAGGGUAACUUUGAUCAAAGCAUCAAAUCUCUGUGUUUUUCUUAUCUUCUUCUUUAGGGGGUCUUUUUUUUUUUUACCAAGUUCUAAGAGCUGACCAAGUUGACCAGUGUUAAAGAUGUGCACCUUUCCGUCCAUGGGAUUUCAAUUUGGAAGAGAUAAUUUAAAGAUUUACUUUAAUAUCUUCCAUGGACUUUCUCCUUUUCAUACUUACUAAUCUUCUUGAUCUUUUGAACUUUUACCUUAUUAGUGAGCGUUCCAUUCCCUCGAAAUCAAUCCCAUAAAUCCCCCCUCUUUCUCGUACAUCCUUUAUUUUAGAAUGGUGGAGAAGACAGAGAUGAAAUUUGAUCCAGAAGAAGUGAUUGUGGAAUUCGAAGCGUUGACCAAAGAAGCUGGUAAAGUUCAAGAAGAGACACUUCAGAAAAUACUAGAAGAGAAUGGAGCCACAGAGUAUCUACAACAAUGGGGUCUAAAUGGAAGGACUGACCCUCAGACUUUUAAGGCUUGUGUUCCUCUUGUCACUCACAAAGAUUUAGACACUUAUAUUCAAAGAAUUGCUGAUGGAGAUCCUUCUCCUGUUCUCACUGGAAAACCCAUUACAACCAUCUCAUUAAGUUCUGGUACCACUCAGGGAAGGCCAAAGUUUGUACCUUUCAAUGAUGAAUUGUUGGAAUCCACUAUGCAGAUAUACAAAACGUCUUUUGCCUUUAGGAAUAGAGAAUUCCCAAUUGAGAACGGGAAGGCUUUGCAGUUCAUUUACGGCAGCAAGCAGUUCAAGACAAAGGGAGGUUUGGCAGCUGGAACUGCAACUACCAAUGUAUAUCGUAAUGCGCAUUUCAAAAAGACAAUGAAGGCAAUGCAAACCCCAUGUUGUAGUCCUGAUGAAGUUAUAUUUGGUCCUGAUUUCCACCAAUCUUUGUACUGCCAUCUCUUGUGCGGGCUCAUUUUUCGGGACGAAGUGCAAGUUGUCUCCUCUACAUUUGCUCACAGCAUUGUCCAUGCUUUUAGAACUUUCGAACAAGUCUGGGAAGAACUUGUUGCAGACAUACGAGAGGGAGUCCUCUCUGCCCGAGUCACGGUCCCUUCCAUGAGAUCAGCAAUGUUGAAAUUGCUGAAGCCUGAUCUAGAACAGGCUGAUACCAUUUAUAAUAAAUGUUCUGGAUUAAGCAAUUGGUACGGUUUGAUUCCCGCUCUCUUCCCAAAUGCCAGGUACAUAUACGGAAUCAUGACGGGGUCCAUGGAACCGUACCUCAAGAAACUGAGGCAUUAUGCAGGGGAGCUGCCAAUACUAAGUGCAGACUAUGGUUCUUCUGAAGGAUGGAUUGCAGCAAAUGUCAAUCCUAAGUUGCCCCCCGAGCUAGUUACUUAUGCAGUGCUUCCUAAUAUUGGUUAUUUUGAAUUCAUUCCUCUCAGGGUAAAUUUGGAUGGCCUUGAGCCUACACCAGUGGGUCUUGCUGAAGUUAAACUAGGUGAAGAGUAUGAAAUUGUUGUCACCACCUUUGCAGGGUUGUAUCGUUAUAGACUCGGCGAUGUUGUGAAAAUAAAGGGAUUCCACAAUGCCACACCAGAACUCCAGUUCAUUUGCCGCAGAAAUCUUUUGCUAAGCAUUAACAUUGACAAGAACACCGAGAAAGAUUUACAGCUAGCAGUGGAAGCAGCAGCGAGGCUCUUGGUAGACGAAAAGCUAGAGGUAGUCGAUUUCACAAGCCACGUGAACACUACAACAGAUCCAGGGCACUAUGUGGUUUUCUGGGAACUCAGUGGUGAAGCAAGCGAUGAGACGAUGCAAGAAUGUUGCAAUUGUUUGGACAAAUCGUUCGUUGAUGCAGGAUACAUGGGGUCUCGGAAGACCAGCGCAAUUGGAGCACUUGAGCUUAGAGUUGUGAAGAGGGGAACAUUUCAUAAGAUAUUAGAUCAUUUUGUAGGAUUAGGAGGUGCUGUUAGCCAGUUCAAGACCCCAAGAUGUGUUGGUCAGAACAACAGCACACUGCUGCAGAUACUAUGUUAUGAUGCUGUCAAGAGCUAUUUUAGUACUGCCUACUGUUGAUGUUGAGCUUGGAUGCAUCCUUAAUAAUUGUACAAAAUUGAAGAGUUCGUUGGUAUGGAAAAGUUAAUGAAGCUGAUGCAUUGUUAUUGUUGCUCUUUA